AUGGACGAUGCCGCGGUCCUAAGGAAGAAGGGUUACGUUGUGGGCAUCAAUCUCGGCAAGGGCUCCUACGCAAAAGUCAAAUCUGCCUACUCCGAGCGCCUGAAGUUCAACGUGGCGGUCAAGAUCAUCGACCGCAAGAAAACGCCCACCGACUUUGUGGAGAGAUUCCUUCCUAGGGAGAUGGACAUCCUGGCAACCGUCAACCACCGCUCCAUCAUCAAGACCUACGAGAUCUUCGAGACCUCUGAUGGGAGGAUCUACAUCGUUAUGGAGCUCGGCGUCCAGGGCGACCUCCUCGAGUUCAUCAAGUGCCGGGGAGCCCUACACGAGGACGUGGCACGCAAGAUGUUCCGCCAGCUCUCCUCAGCCGUCAAGUACUGCCACGACUUGGACGUUGUGCAUCGAGACCUCAAGUGUGAGAACCUUCUUCUUGACAAGGACUUCAACAUCAAGCUGUCUGACUUCGGCUUCUCCAAGCGCUGCCUGAGGGACGGCAAUGGGCGCAUCAUCCUCAGCAAGACCUUCUGCGGGUCGGCAGCGUAUGCGGCCCCCGAGGUGCUGCAGGGCAUCCCCUACCAGCCCAAGGUGUAUGACAUCUGGAGCCUGGGUGUGAUCCUUUACAUCAUGGUCUGCGGCUCCAUGCCCUAUGAUGACUCCGACAUCAAGAAGAUGCUGCGCAUCCAGAAGGAGCACCGCGUGGAUUUCCCGCGCUCCAAGAACCUGACGGGCGAGUGCAAGGACCUCAUCUACCGCAUCCUGCAGCCUGAUGUCAACCGGCGGCUGCACAUUGAUGAGAUCCUCAGCCACUCGUGGCUGCAGCCCCCCAAGCCCAAAGCCAUGUCUUCUGCCUCCUUCAAGAAGGAUGUGGAGGGCAAGUACCGGGCUGAGUGCAAACUGGACACCCGGCCAGGCUCCCGGCCUGAGCACCGGCCUGACCACAAGCUGGGGGCCAAAACCCAGCACCGGCUGCUGGUGAUGCCCGAGAACGAGGAUAGAAUGGAGGACAGGCUGGCCGAGACCUCCAAAGCCAAAGAGCAUCACGUCAUGGGAGCUGAGGUGGGGAAAGCGAGCACCUAG